AUGAAUGAAACAGACCCAAAGAGCAUCAUCACGCGCAUAUGUGCGCUCAUGUCUCGCCAUUGGCUCCAGGGCGUUGUGUUUGGAGAUGACACAGACCAGGAGGCCAUCGCCCAGAUCCUUGAUUUCAUCUCAGCGCAGACCCACAUCCCCAUCCUCGGCAUCCGCGGAGGUUCCUCCAUGAUCAUGGCUGCCAAGGAUGACAACUCCAUGUUCUUCCAGUUUGGGCCGUCUAUAGAGCAGCAGGCGUCCGUCAUGCUCAACAUCAUGGAGGAGUACGAUUGGUACAUCUUCUCCAUCGUCACUACCUACUACCCAGGGUACCAGGACUUCGUCAACAGGAUCCGGAGUACCAUAGAGAAUAGCUUUGUGGGUUGGGAACUGGAGGAGGUGUUAUUGCUCGAUAUGUCAGUGGACGAUGGUGACUCUAAGAUCCAGAACCAGCUGAAGAAGCUCCAGAGCCCCGUUAUACUGCUGUACUGCACUAAAGAAGAGGCCACCACCAUUUUCGAGGUGGCGCAUUCUGUCGGCCUCACCGGAUACGGUUACACCUGGAUCGUACCAGCACUGGUAGCUGGAGACGCCGACAACGUGCCCAAUGUCUUUCCUACAGGCCUGAUUUCGGUGUCCUAUGAUGAGUGGGACUAUGGACUGGAGGCGCGUGUGCGUGAUGCCGUAGCAAUCAUUGCCAUGGCAACCUCCACCAUGAUGCUGGACAGAGGUCCCCACACACUGUUGAAGUCAGGUUGCCACGGUGCACCUGAAAAGAAAGGCCUGAAAGGGGGGAACCCUAAUGAAGUUCUGAGAUACCUCAUGAACGUGACCUUCGAGGGGCGUAAUCUCUCCUUCAGUGAGGAUGGCUACCAAAUGCACCCCAAGCUGGUUAUUAUUUUGCUGGAUAAGGAGAGACAGUGGGACAGGGUUGGUAAGUGGGAGAAUGGCUCGUUGACCAUGAAAUACCACGUGUGGCCACGCUUUGAGCUCUAUUCAGAUGCAGAAGAAAGGGAUGAUGACCACCUGUCUAUCGUCACACUGGAGGAGGCCCCAUUUGUCAUCGUGGAGGAUGUGGACCCCCUCAGUGGCACCUGCAUGAGGAACACGGUUCCCUGCAGAAAACAGCUCAAAGCCCAAAACCAAACAGGAGAUUCAGGGAUCUAUAUUAAGCGCUGUUGCAAGGGCUUCUGCAUAGACAUCCUCAAAAAGAUCGCUAAAUCUGUGAAGUUCACCUACGACCUCUACCUAGUGACCAAUGGGAAACACGGCAAGAAGAUCAAUGGCACAUGGAACGGCAUGGUGGGCGAGGUGGUGUUUAAGAACGCUCACAUGGCAGUGGGCUCUCUGACCAUCAACGAGGAAAGGUCAGAGGUCAUUGACUUCUCCGUCCCCUUCAUAGAGACGGGCAUUAGUGUCAUGGUCUCACGUAGCAAUGGCACCGUGUCUCCUUCUGCAUUUCUAGAGCCGUUCAGUGCUGAUGUGUGGGUGAUGAUGUUUGUGAUGCUGCUGAUUGUAUCUGCUGUGGCCGUCUUUGUCUUCGAGUACUUCAGUCCGGUUGGCUAUAACCGCUGUCUGGCGGAUGGACGAGAGCCUGGUGGUCCCUCGUUCACAAUCGGAAAGGCCAUAUGGCUGCUCUGGGGUCUAGUCUUCAACAACUCUGUGCCUGUACAAAACCCCAAAGGCACCACCAGUAAGAUAAUGGUAUCAGUGUGGGCCUUCUUCGCUGUCAUCUUCCUGGCCAGUUACACUGCCAACCUGGCUGCUUUCAUGAUCCAAGAGGAGUAUGUUGACCAGGUGUCUGGACUCAGCGAUAAGAAGUUUCAAAGGCCAAAUGACUUUUCUCCGCCGUUCCGUUUUGGCACAGUUCCAAAUGGCAGCACGGAGAGGAACAUUAGGAACAACUACAAAGAAAUGCACAGCUACAUGACCAGCUUCCACCAGAAAAACGUAGACGAGGCCCUCCACAGCCUGAAAACAGGAAAAUUAGAUGCAUUUAUCUAUGAUGCUGCUGUGCUGAACUACAUGGCAGGCAGAGAUGAGGGCUGCAAGCUUGUGACGAUUGGUAGUGGUUAUAUCUUCGCUACCACAGGUUACGGCAUCGCCAUCCAGAAAGAUUCUGGUUGGAAGAGACCUGUGGACCUUGCCAUUCUGCAGCUGUUUGGAGAUGGUGAGAUGGAGGAGCUGGAGGCACUGUGGUUGACCGGGAUUUGUCACAAUGAGAAGAACGAGGUGAUGAGCAGCCAGCUGGAUGUCGAUAACAUGGCUGGCGUCUUCUACAUGCUGGGGGCAGCCAUGGCGCUGUCACUCAUCACCUUCAUAGCUGAGCACCUGUUCUACUGGCAACUACGCUUCUGCUUCAUGGGCGUGUGCUCAGGCAAGCCCGGCAUCACAUUCUCCAUUAGCAGGGGCAUCUACAGCUGCAUCCAUGGUGUUCAGAUCGAGGAGAACAAAUCAGGCCUCAACUCUCCAUCAGCCACUAUGAACAUGAACAUGAACAACACCCACUCUAACAUCCUUCGCUUGCUACGCACAGCCAAAAACAUGACCUCUGUGCCUGGGGUCAAUGGCUCCCCCCACAGUGCCCUGGACUAUGGCCACCGUGAAUCAGCUGUCUAUGACAUCAGUGAGCAUCGACGCAGUCUGGCAGGCCACAGUGACUGCAAGCCCCCACCUCCAUAUCUGCCAGAAGAUAAUAUGUUCAGCGACUAUGUGAGUGACGUGGAGAGGACUUUUGGGAACAUGCAUCUGAAGGACAGUAACCUGUACCAGGAUCAUUACCUGCACCACCAUGGGGGCACGGGAUCCGGACUGGCUCUGGGUAUGUCCGGUCCCUUGCCUAACCGACCUCGUAGCUUAGGCAGUGCCAGCUCAUUGGAGGGAGGGAUGUACGAUUGUGACAGUUUAGGGGGAGGGGUAGCACCUAUUUUCACCACCCAACCCCGUCAGUCACUGACGCACAGAAACAGGGAAAAGUUUGACCUGAUUGCAGGCCACCCCACCCAGUCGAGCUUCAAAUCUGGCCUGCCUGAUCUAUAUGGGAAGUUUUCCUUCAAAGGUGGGGCAUCCAGUUCAGGGUUUAUUGCAGGACAUGACAGGUACUGUGGGGGAGGAGGGGCAGGCUCGGGAGGGGAUGACGGAAAUAUCCGUUCUGAUGUGUCAGAUAUUUCCACUCACACCGUGACCUAUGGAAAUCUUGAGGGCAACGCAAAGCGACGCAAGCAGUACAGGGACAGUCUGAAAAAAAGACCAGCAUCUGCCAAGUCUCGCCGGGAGCAGGAUGAAAUUGAGCUGGGCUUCCGGAGGCGCACCCACCACACCAUCCACCACCACCACCACCACCAUCAUCCUGUUACACAAGGGCAUCGUUCAGCUACCCCACCUGUGGAACGCAAGAGCCUGAGAGGCGGCAAUUCCUCAUACAUGUUCCGUGACAAAGAUAAUCUGAGGGACUUCUACGUUGACCAGUUCCGAUCCAAGGAAGGGGCAUCCCAAUGGGAGCACUUGGAUUUGAGUGACACUCCCGGAAUGGGUGGCGGAGGGGCGUGCACUAGUUUGGUUCCUGUGGACGAUUUCUUGAAAGGUAAAUCCAAGAAGACAGAGUGUAAGAGUGGAGUGGGAGGAUCUCCUGGGCAGCAGGGCCAUGCAUGCUGGGAAAAGAACAUUGGAGGGGUGGGGGGUUUGGCCGGAGGGGAUUGGGAAUGCCGUAACUGCCAUAGUGGAGGCAACAAGCCUGUUUGCAUGCAUGGGGGAGGAGGGGGUGUAGGGGGGUCAAGUGGAGGAGGUGGGGGUAGUGGACAAGCCUCCAGCCGGCCAAACUCAGCCACUUGCAAACGAUGUGAUUCAUGCAAGAAGCCAGGCAACUUGUAUGACAUCAGUGAGGACAACCACCUCCUCCUGGAUCAAAUGGGGAGUGGAGGAGCCCAAACCCAGGUGCAGAGGCGCAAAUUUGGCCCAGGGGGUAGGGUGUUGCGUAGGCAGCAUUCUUAUGACACAUUCGUAGACCUACAGAAAGAAGGGGCGGGUAGGAUGGGAGGCUCUGGAGGGUUUGGAGGAGCAUCUAUGCUUCCUCAACCCCGGAGUGUGAGCCUGAAAGACAAAGAUCGCUACAUGGAAGGUACAAGCCCAUAUGCUCAGAUGUUUGAGCGGUAUAUGGGAGGGGAGCGGGAGACUACGUUUUUUAGUGGUGGGGAUCAGGGAAAGGGAGGUGGCUCGUCGUUUAACUUGUUCCGUGGGGGUGAGGGUGGGUUGCACCGUCGCUCAGUAGGUGAAAGAGACAUGAGGGACAGGGAUAGAGGCAUGAUGGGAGGAGGUAUGGGAGGUACCCGAGGGGUUGGGACUUACUCCUUGUCUAAAUCUCUCUACCCAGAUAAGGUGAACCAGAACCCAUUCAUCCCAACCUUCGGCGAUGACCAGUGCCUAUUACAUGGCGCCAAAUCGUACUACAUCAAAAAGCAGCAGGCUCAGCAACCUGCUGGGGUUUUGUCCAACGUGGGACCCCGUUUUCCCAAGGAGCUGUGCCUGGGUGGGCCCCUCAGCAACCACCAUGGAGGGGCAGCAGGCAACAACAAGCUGCUGUCAGCAAGGGACGGGUUAGGGAUGGGGCAAGGACAGAGACCUUUCAAUGGUUCAAGUAAUGGACACGUAUACGAGAAGCUCUCCAGCAUUGAAUCUGAUGUCUGA